AUGGCGGCGGCGAGGAGCCUGAGCGCCACGGCUCAAACGCUGGCGACGGCGCUCGUCGCGGGCGAGCGGCGAGCGCUGAGCAAGGCGAUCACGCUCGUGGAGUCGACGCAGCCUGCGAGCCGCGAGGCGGCGGACGAGCUGCUCUCACUCGUCCUGCCGCAGCGCGACGCGUCGCGCUGCCUCCGGCUGGGCAUCUCGGGGCCGCCGGGCACCGGCAAGUCGACGCUCAUCGAGUCGCUCGGCCUCGAGCUCGCCUCGCGCCGCCACCGGCUCGCGGUGCUCGCCGUCGAUCCGUCGUCGCACCGGAGCGGCGGCUCGGUGCUGGGGGACAAGACGCGGAUGCCGCAGCUGUCGGCCAACCCCGCCGCCUUCAUCCGCCCGUCGCCCGCGCAGGGCGUCCUCGGCGGCGUCGCGCGCCGGACAGAGGACGUCGCGCUGCUGUGCGAGAGCGGCGGGUACGACCGAGUGGUCGUCGAGACGGUGGGCGUCGGGCAGUCGGAGGUGGUG